UCCAUCUCAGAUUUUCCCCAUCAUUUAUUUAAGCAGCAUAAAAAAUAGAAGUUAAUUAUUAGUAACCAAUAUCUAUUUCAUUAUCAUCAUCAUCAUCAUAGAUCUCAUCCAUAUGUUUAAGAAAAGAGUAAUAAAAGAUAAUGAUAGUAAUAAGGCAUCAACAGUGAAGUCAAGUAAAAGAUCAUUCUUAUUGGAGACUGAAGAUGAUGAAAAUAGUCCUAUCAUAGAAAAGAGUAAUUUGCAUUCAUCAGAUCCUUUCAAGAAAAGACAGAAGUUGGCUGUUAGUAAGAAACUGAAUACAUCGACACAGCCAGUAACAGUUGCUAUACCGAGUGGCACGAACAAGAAACAAGAUGAUUCCGAUGAGGAAGAAGAAAUUGCUAUAUCUACAAAAUCAAAAAUUAAACCAUUACCCACCAACAUCACAGUUACUACAUUAACAGACUUUCAACCUGAUGUUUGUAAGGAUUUCUUACAAACAGGUUAUUGUGGGUAUGGUGAUACUUGUAAGUUUCUUCAUAUCAGAGAUGAAUCUAAGGCCAAUAAAGUUAUAGAGAAGGAAUGGGAGACUGUGGGAUCAAAUACCACUAAAUUAACUAUCCCUACCAAUAAAGACACAAGUGAAAAACUUCCGUUCAAGUGUGUCUUGUGCAAAUCAGAUUAUAAACAUCCUAUUAAAACGAAAUGUGGUCAUUUAUAUUGCAAGGAUUGUUUCUUGAAUCGAUAUAAGAAGAAAAAGAAGGUCAACUGUUUCAUAUGUAAUGAAGAUACAAAUGGUAUUAUUAUCCCGGUACUGAAGACUGAGUUAGAAAAAUUGAUCAGUUAGAUGAACUACUGAUUUUCUUGACACUUCCAUCCGCCCCAUAUUCUAUAUACUUGUAUAUAUUUUGUAAAUAUACAUAAUUCAUAUUUUGAUUACUUUAAACGAUUCGCUUCGAGGCACUUGAUUUGCAUUUUCCCAUCACAUUUCCAUAAUUUAUCCUUAUUGUAAUGAUUUUUCCGAUAUAACCACUAUGAAUAGACAUGAUUUAUUUCAUAUGUCAGAACCUUAAUAAUCAAUUAUAACGGUUAACCUUGUUUGAAAGGUAUCAAAACCAUAAUACCUAUAUAAAUAUCCUGCACAUGGCACAAUUCCAUUCCAAAUUUUC